GGUGUUGCUGAAACUAGAUCCUUCUCCAAAUGACUAUGAAGAUGAUGUAGUGGAAAUGUUUGGCUUUCAGUGGGUUACCGAAAUGGCAUUAGUUGAAUCCUGUGAACUUCUCUUUGGAUUACUUAGGCAACAGAUAUACAGCCUGGAAAACCUAGUACAAACGAGUUCAUCUGAUUUUGGUCAAGCUGCAAACUUGCACUCUGAAGCAGAGAGCAUCAGGCGUCAAUGUGUUGAGUUUCUGCAUUAUGUGAAAGUUUUCAUCUUCAGGUAUCUGGAACCGCCUAAAGUGGAAAAUGACGGAAUGCUUCAUCCAUACGAAGAACUAGAAGCGCAGUUACCAUCAAUGUUGGUGGAAGAGCUUCAUGCUUUGAACAUGCACAUUGGUCACCUUUGUGAACUCCCUAGUAAUGUCCUGGCAGCAUUUACUAUUCAACAUCAGGCAAAGGUCUUUCCCCCAUCAUGGCAUUUACUACACCUUCACUUGGAUAUUCAUUGGCUAGUAUUGGAAAUUCUUCAUGUACUAGGUGAAAAAAUGAUGAGACAAGUUAUAUAUGCUAACAAUUUCAUAAAUCUAACCGGAGAGAAUUUAACCAGUAUCAGUUUAUUUGAAACACAUUGUGGAAAUCUCAUAUCUGAUUUAAUAAGCUUGUCCAUCAACAAGUAUAUAAAG